AUGGGGGCACAGGUAAUAAAUAGGGGGGCUCAGGUGUGCCCAGGUGUGCCCAGGUGUGCCCAGGUGUGCCCAGGUGGGCUCAGGUGGGCUCAGGUGGGCCGGGGGGGUCGUCUCAGGUGGGUCCAGGUGGGAUCAGGUGUGCCAGGUGCACUCAGGUGCAGUUCAGCUGUGCCCAGGUGCGCUCAGGUGCGCUCAGGUGAGGUUCAGGUGAGGCUCAGCUGUGCCCAGGUGCGCCCAGGUGUGCUCAGGUGUGCCCAGGUGUGCCCAGGUGUGCUCAGGUGCGCCCAGGUGCGCUCAGGUGAGGCUCAGCUGUGCCCAGGUGUGCUCAGGUGCGCCCAGGUGCGCUCAGGUGAGGUUCAGGUGAGGCUCAGCUGUGCCCAGGUGUGCCCAGGUGUGCCCAGGUGCGCUCAGGUGAGGCUCAGCUGUGCCCAGCUGUGCCCAGGUGCGCCCAGGUGCGCUCAGGUGAGGCUCAGCUGUGCCCAGGUGUGCCCAGGUGUGCUCAGGUGCGCCCAGGUGCGCUCAGGUGAGGCUCAGCUGUGCCCAGGUGUGCCCAGGUGCGCUCAGGUGAGGUUCAGCUGUGCCCAGGUGUGCCCAGGUGUGCCCAGGUGCGCUCAGGUGAGGCUCAGCUGUGCCCAGCUGUGCCCAGGUGCGCCCAGGUGCGCUCAGGUGAGGUUCAGGUGCGCCCAGGUGCGCCCAGGUGCGCUCAGGUGAGGCUCAGCUGUGCCCAGGUGCGCCCAGGUGCGCCCAGGUGCG